AUGAAAACAACGAGACACAGGAGUUCUGCGACGAAGCUAACGAACAAGAUCAAGCAUAGAUUAGCUGAUGGGAGUGCAGAGGAGGAUAAACAGUAGAUAAAACAGUCGCUGCAGACACUGAAAGAAAAGAUAGACUCGUUGAAGGGCCUCGACAAUCAAAUAAUUGAACUGAUUGGAAGCCUAGAGGGGGAAGACGUUGAAGUUCGCAUCGAAAAAGAGAUUGAAGACAGUGAUCAAAUCAGAAAAGAGUUAAAUGAAAUAGUUUGGAGGCUGGAGGAGAUCUUGAGUUCUUCCAGCAUUCCACAGCCGAAGCCAACAAAUGUUCCCGCCCAAAGUGAAAGCCCAACCUCAGGAUCCAGCCAGCAGCACCUUGUAAAGGUGAAGUUGCCGAAGUUAGAGGUCAAGAAGUUUAGUGGCAGACUUCAAGAUUAGCAAGAGUUUUGGGACUCGUUUCAGAGUUUGAUAGAUGGAAAUGAAAGUCUGUCUGCAGUUGACAAAUUCUCUUACUUGAAAAGUUUCUUGUACAAACCAGCAUGAUCGAUGAUAGCAGGUUUCGCUCUGACAGGAGCGAAUUAGGCAGCUGCAGUACAAGUCCUAAAGAACCGAUAUGGAAAGGAGAAAGCUAUUCAAAGAGCCCAUAUAAAUGAUUUGCUGCAACUUCCACCAGUCUUCAGUGACAGGGAUAUACCAAGGCUGAGGAAAUUGUUCGACGACUGCGAAGCCCACUUCAGGGGCCUACAGGCUCUCGGAGUGGCAAGAACACUUACUCUACAGUAGUUGUGCCCGCCAUGAUGCAGAAAUUACCGGAGAACUUUCGCCUCAUGAUUACAAGAGGAGAGGAAUUUUUGAUGUGGUCAAUGGAGAUGUUAGAGGCCUUUCUUAAGGAGUUGGACCUUAGAGAAGACCAUUUCUAUGCAGUUAAUCCAUCGAAGAUCGGAAAGAGAAUCGCUUGGAGGGUGGAACCGCGAAUGCUUUGCAUACCAAACAGGACAAUGCGAACUGUGCCUUUGGUUUGGGCAAACAUG